AUGGUCCGGUUUGAAACCGUGAAACCGGUCAAACCGGUCAUCGGUUUGGUUUUACGUUGCCACACCAGUGCACCACUCGUUUUCCCUCCGAGGCUCCGACUUGCAGGCCAACAGCUCGUCGCCUACCCUACAGCAGCUCCGAUUCUACCUCUCGUUUCUCUAUCGUUGGCUACUUGGUUGGAUUGUUACUCCGAUAAGGCCUCCCCUACAGCUCCGAUUGUUGCUCCGAUAAGGUCCUUACAUGGAUAAAGAUAACAUCAAUAUUCCAACUAGUGAACCUGUGAACAUCAUUGAUGAUGAUGAUGAUAUGGAAGAGAUUGAUGUAGAUGAUGAUGUUAAUGUGGAGCAAAAUGGAGGUGCUACUGAUAAGAACCAAGGAAGGGGACGAAAACAGUCUAUUGUUUGGAAACACUUCAACAAACCAGAUCCAGUUCCACCUGAAGGAGCACGCACCGCAUGUAUUCACUGUAAGAAAAGCUAUGUGUAUGAACCAAGUCAGAAUGGCACUAGUGCUAUGUUAAACCAUUUGAGAAAGUUAUGCAAGUUUGAUCCACUUAAAUGUCAAGUAGAUAAAAAACAAACAACUAUAAAUUUUGUUAGAAAGGGUACGGAUGGAAAGUUACAAUGUGGUCGUUUUACAAAGGAAUUGGGUAAACAAGCUCUUGCUAAAAUGAUUAUUAUUGAUGAACUACCAUUUAGCUUUGUUGAAAAAGAAGGUUUUCGUUAUUUUUGUAGUGUAGUUCGACCCGAGCUAGAGUUACCGAGUCGGAUUACAAUUGCUAGAGAUAUCUUAUCAUUAUAUGUGGAUGAAAAGAAUAAGUUGAAAGAGAUUUUAUGAAAAUCUUCACAAUCUGUUUGUCUUACAACUGAUGCAUGGACUUCAUGUCAAAACAUCAAUUAUAUGGUUUUAACAGUCCAUUACAUUGAUGGAGAAUGGAAUUUGCAAAAAAGGAUUUUGAAUUUUGAAGUUAUUUCGAAUCAUAAGGGUGACACAAUUGGUAAAAUGGUUGAGAGUUGUCUAAUUACAUGGGGUAUUGAGAAGGUUUUUACAAUCACCGUGGAUAAUGCGAGCUCUAAUGAUACAACUAUUUCCUUUCUAAAAAAGAAAAUACAAAAUUGGGGACAUGCGGUUUUAGAUGCUCAAUACUUGCAUAUGCGUUGUUGUGCUCAUGUGUUAAACUUGAUUGUGUGUGAUGGGUUAAAAGAUUAUGAUCCUGCAAUUCAAGUUAUUAGAAAUGCUGUGAGGUAUGUUAGAUCCUCACCUUCAAGGUUGGCUAAGUUCAAGGAAUGUGUGAAGAUAGAAAAGUUAAAUGUUACUGGAACUAUAUGUUUAGAUGUUUCCACUAGGUGGAAUUCAACUUACUUGAUGUUGGAGUCAGCUUUGAAGUAUAGAAAAGCAUUUAAUAGGUUGGAAGAAGAUGGACACUAUGCAAGGUUUUUUAAUGUGGGUCCUAGUAGCUUGUUGAAUGAAGUAGAUGCAAAGAAAAAGUAUGAUGUCACUAGAGUCGGGCCACCUAGUGAUAUUGAUUGGGAUGUUGCACAAGAAUUUAUGGUUUUUCUUAAGGUUUUUUAUGAAGUGACAAAUCGGUUUUCAGGGUCUUUGUAUGUAAUUUCGAGUGCUUACUUUCAUGAUAUGUGUUCAUUGCAUAGCCAUAUUGAUGAAUGCAUUGAAAGUGAUGAUUGGCGGGUGAGUUCGAUGGCUAUGAAUAUGAAGGCAAAGUAUGAUAAAUAUUGGGGAAAUGCAGAAAAGAUGAAUCCUUUAUUGUAUGUAGCAGUUGUUCUUGAUCCUCGACAUAAGUUAAAAUAUGUCAAUUGGAGUUUGGAAGAAAUGUACCCUAUUGGUGAUAUUGCAUGUGACUUGAAAAAGAAGUUAAAAGCCACUUUGACUCGACUUUAUGACUUUUAUUUGGAAAAAGAUCCUAUGCAUGCCAGAAGUUCUUCUUCAAACAAGAAUCAUAACAAAAGAAAAGUUAAUGAGAAUCUUAGCAUACAAGAGAAGCGUAUGCUAAAAUAUAAGGCACAUUUGGAAGAUGAAAAAACAGGAGAAGUGAGUGAGCUUGAAAGAUAUUUGUCAGAUAACCAAGAGCCAAGCUAUGAGUCAUUUGACUUGUUGGAUUGGUGGAAGACAAAUGGAGCAAAAUAUAAGAUUUUAGGAAAAAUUGCACGGGAUGUCUUGGCUGUUCCAGUUUCCACAGUUGCGUCGGAAUCCGCAUUUAGCACCGGGGGUAGAGUUUUGGAUUCAUUUAGGAGUAGUCUUUCUCCUAAAAUAGUGCAAGCGCUUAUAUGCACACAAAAUUGGAUUCGGGGUGUGUUUAACAAAAAUACAAAAGUUGGUUAUGAAGAUGUGUUGAAAGAAAUUGAAGACCUUGAUGAAAUUGAAAAUGAUUUUGCAAGCAAACUUAAUAUUUGCACCGACAAUAUCGAAUGAAAGCAAAAGCUUAUGAAUUGGAUAGAAUUUUGGGAGUGGAUAGCAUUUUGGAAGUGAUCUUGCUGAUAAUGCUUUUUGGAUAACAGUUUUGCUGUUUUGGACAACUUAGUAGGAUGUGUGUAUUAGUCUAAUAUUUGAUGUAAUGGAACAAUAUUUGAUAUUUUCAUUUACUGCUUUUUAUUUGCUGUUUUGGACAACUUUUUUGGUAGUUUUCUUGCUGUUUUUGACAAUUUUACUAUUGCAGUAUUUUCAACAAACAGUGCA